AUCAAUAUCAACAUCACCUUUAGCUGACGACCUUGCGAGUGUGCAAUUUUGUCUAUCUAACGUCUGCGAAUAAAAUUGUUUUGCCUGACAGUUCUUGCACACUGUUUGUGGUAACUCCCUCAUUCAAGUAAAACAUGUCUGCCAUCACAAACACCGCGUUAAAGAUGCGAAAUCUUGUCCGGAUUCAAGCGGCCAAAUGUAGCACGACCGCAGCGCCAAAGGAGCCGGUUAAGAAGGGACAAAUAGCUAAAAGGAUUCCAGCAUUUGUGAAGCUUGAAGCGGGCAAAACAUACUCCUGGUGUGCUUGCGGUCUCAGCAAAAAGCAGCCAUUCUGCGACGGUGCCCACAAGGGCAAGGAGCUUGGUGUUGGGCCGGUGCGUUUUACCGUUGAAGAGAGCAAGAAAUACCUCCUGUGCAGGUGCAAGCAAACCAACAACAGGCCUUAUUGUGACCUGACUCAUGUCAAGACUUUUAUUCCAGAGCCGGUUCGUGCGGCCCUGAAGAUUAAACUGUAGUUCGAGAACAGUGCCUCAUCCUCUGCUGUCCACGUAAAGGAAGAUAUUUAUAGUGUCCAUCGGCAGCUCUUGUAAAAAAUGUCAAUAAAGGCUGUUCAGAUUA